AUGCCAGCUAAUGGUGGAAGACUCAGCGCAGUCGCGAGGCGGCGACUGUUGCGGGAUGUGCAGGAGGCUGCGUCGAGUCCCAGCCAAGUCACUCCUUCACCAGUAUCCAAAGCCAGUCUGAGCGAGGCUCCAUCUAUUGACCAACCUGUGGGCAAUGCCAAUUCCUCGGAAGAUGAGGGGAUCCAGACUCCAAAUCCGUUUGCAACGCUGGUUGAAGCUUCUGCCGUCCAUUUUAGCUCGACUCGAGAAAUCGAGCAAUUGACCGACCGAUCUGUCAAGAUCAAACUCUCGCGAGGCCAGAAAUGUGUUGUGUUGGGAACAUACACGCUGUGGGUGAAGCACGGAUCCGUGUCCCUCUACGGCGCGAUUCUUACUGCCACGACGGCCAUGUACCGUGUCUAUGCCCCUGCUUCACAUGCACUUCCGCCGAUUGAGGCCGUGAGCUCGAGUGCCGAAAUCCAAGUUGAAUCUCUCAAUGACGGGGUCAGAGAUCUUCCAAAAGUCGGAUUCAGAGGGAUGUGGACCCCAUUCGGUGUCAAGCCAUCGGCGGCAUCUUUCUAUGUGCUGGGCCAUUCUUUCGAACAAGACCCGAAGGCUCCAAGACGUCUGAAGGAGUUGGACACUGCCUACUGGAAAUCGCUCAUGGCCGAAUUUCCCGGCGCUGACACAAGCAAGCCACAAAGAGUCUUGGUAUGCGGCAAACGUUCCUCUGGACUUUCGACUUUGGUUCGGUGUGUCUUCAACCGACUUCUUGCCAAAGAAUCUGCCCGACCAGAUAUUACUCACCCAAAAGGAGUCAUGUUGGUGGAUUUGGACACGAACACGCCAGAGUUUGCUCCUCCGGGCAUGAUUAGCCUGGUGCACAUUGCAAACCCCGUUUUUGGCCCAGCGUUCGCCAACAUCCUGCCAGCCUACCGAGGAGGAACCAGUCGGGUGUUGGCAAAGCAUUUUCUUGGUGAUCUAGACACAAGAGGUGUGGUCAAUUGGCACAUUGAUCGCGUCUCUGAUUUACUGGAUGUUGAACAGAAGUGUCGUGGCGAAUUCGAGGGUGCACCAGUCCUCGUGACAUGUCCCAAGUGGCUCAACGACAUCGACAACGCCACGGCGAGCAAGCUCUGGGCAAAGCUGGCCCUCACGGACAUUGUUUGUGUUGACUCUACUCCCGGAUCGCCCCAUUUAGAGCCCUGGAGACCACUAGCAGAAACGGGGAAUUGUCGUAUUCACCAGAUUCCGGCUCAGGUGUUUGACAAGAUAUCUCCAGUGCGGGAGCAUGACCUUCAAAUGCAGUCAUACUUCCAUCUGAGAGACGCACCUAUCAAUCGCCCCUACUGGGUUGACACGCCGGUCUUAGUGACAACGUCUCACUCUAUGACCCUAACGUACAGUGGUAAUGCCGCAAACAUAUUGGCAAUCAUUCUGUUGGGCGGCCGUGUUGCGCCUGAGGACACGUACGAUGCCCUAGAAGGAAGUAUGGUUGCUGUGCUGGCCACAAAAGUGCCAUGUGAUGUCAGCGACGACAGCGAUCGCGCCGGGAUAUGUCGGACGGAGGAGGAUCUGCCGCUUUGGGCAGAUUACGGCCGUCUGGAAAGUUCCUUUCCGUUUUCGGCGGAGGGUUCUCGAUGCCUGGGGCUCGCCCUGGUGCAGGAGAUCGACAUUCUCCAAAGGACGAUCACUCUUAUCACUGCAGCCGAACUGCAGGUGCAUGAAAUCCAGGAACAGACUCACGGUGUGGCACUGGUGGUGCCAAAAGCAACGACAGACGGAAGGUUCAAAACGGACUGGGCGAAGAGGGAAAUGCACAUGAAGAAGGGUGGCGGCAGCAGCCAAACAAAAUAA